CCCCCGCUCCCCUCAGGCGCCGCAGUGCGCCGGGAGCGAGCGGAGCCGAAAAGAGCCGGAAAAAGCCGAAGGGAGCCGAGCGCCGCCGAAGCGCGACACGGAAAGAGCCGAACGGCGGAGCCGAAGCGGAGCCGAACCGGACCCUCCUGAGGGUCCGGCCAUGCCUUGAAGCGGCUCCUCAGAGCCGUCCCGGCCUCUUCCUCCUCGUCCUCCUCAUCCUCGUCCUCCUCCUGCGGCGGGGGAGGAGCCCAUGGGCCGGGCUGGAGGCUGAGGGGCGGCCGGAGACGCUGAACUGGGCCCAAACUGGGCCAAACUGGGCCCAACUGGGCCCAACUGGGCCCAACUAGGCCGGAGGAAUCGGAACCGAGCCGAAAAGAGCCGAGCGCGUCCGGAAAGAGCCGAAGCGGAAUAAGCGGAACCGGGCCGGAAGUAAGCGGAGCGGACCGGAAAUAGACGGAGAGACCGAACCGGGGCUCGGAAAGAGCCGAAAGGGUGCGGAAAUUGCCGAAGGGGAUCGGAAGUUGCCGAAGGGGUCCGGAAAUUGCCGAAGUGCCGCCAUGUUGCUGUGGCUUCUCCUCGGGCUCCUCGAGGUUCCAGGAGCCCUGGGGGGCUGCGUGGAGGUGGCCUCGGGCACCGAGGCCGUGCUGGGCUCGCCCUUUCGGCUCCUCUGCAUCGCCUGCAAGCGCCGCAGCGAGACCCCGGCCGAGGCCGAGAGCGAGUGGUUCUUCAGGGCUGAGGGGGCUGCCCAGUACCACAAGAUCCUUCACUACAGCCCCGAGGAGGGCGAGUGGGUGGCUCCUGGCCCCUUCCAGGGGCUGCUGGCCUGGAACGGCUCGCGGGGCACGCGGGACCUGCAGGAUUUGUCGCUGUGGCUGCGCUCGGUGCAGCGCGAACACGCCGGCGCUUACGUGUGCGGCCUGCGGCGCAACCUGACCUUCGAGGGCUACACCUACAGCCUGGCCAGGAACCAGAGCCUCAGGCUGGCCGUGGUGGAGAAAGCGCGCCGCGACCUGGCCUCCAUCGUCUCCGAGAUCCUCAUGUACGUCCUCAUCGUCGUCCUCACGCUCUGGCUCGCCGCCGAGAUGCUCUACUGCUACCGCAAGGUGGCGGCCGCCUCCCCGCCCCCCGACAGCGCCUCCGAGUACCUGGCCAUCACCUCGGAGAGCAAAGAGAACUGCGGCGGCGUCCAGUGAUCUCAAUGACCCCUGAGUGACCCCUGAGUGACCCUGAGUGACCCCUGAGUGACCCUGAGUGACCCCUGAGUGACCCCUGAGUGACCCCUGAGUGACCCUGAGUGACC